AUGAAAAUCAAUAGUGUUGCAACAUCUUGCGAAUGCCCAAACAUUCUUGAACUUAAAGAUCCUCAGUCCCCCAACCAUGACGAUGAAAUAUUGUUUACCGAAGGAGCUGGGUGUGAUAGAAACAUCACCUGCGGUUCAAAAAGGUUCACUCACGUUGCAUUUUAUUUUAAAGAUAGUGAAAUCGUGUUGGAUGACGGAGCUCCAAGAGCCACUGCAGCACUCUUUCCGUAUCCAUUUGAGGGAGAGGAAACUGGUUUACCUGUGGAUAUUUUUAUACUUUUCGGUAUGAUGUGUGAGAACAAGGAGUGGUAUGUGACAAAAUACCCAACUGGGUUCACGUACCACCCAACGGGCAAUAGUCCAAGCAAACUGGUUGGAACUAAUGGAGAAUAUGACGGAAAGAAAAGUAAAAUCCACGUUCUUUCUUGUGCUCCUGUGCUUAUCGCGUAA